AUGUUAUCCAACAAGCUCAGAAAACGGCUAAACAACAUCAGGAGUAAUCCAGCAUCCCCAGAUGCUCUGCCCACUCCUUAUCUGCCUCCUUUGAGCCUUGAGACAACCGACCUCUACUCAAACAAAUACACAGACUUACCAGAUCGUUCACCAGACGUUCGUACCGCUAAUGAUAAUGCUGUGUUUCAAUCUCCCAACAUAGAUAAUAGCCCUUCUCCAUUUGCGUCUCCUAGAUUUGGCACAGAGGGCCAUAUUGUAUCUCCUGAAGCUAAUUCUAAUACAAUACCUUCUUCAACAGAGUCCCAUGGCAGAACUUUAAAGCAUAAAACAUCGAAAUUAUUCAAAAGGACAACCUCGAUGACUCUAGAAGGCAUUACAAGUACCACCGACAAACUCAAAAUGAGAAAUAACAAUAGCAUCAGCAAAGUUCAGAUUUCAGGACCUCAGAAUUUCAAGCAUUUAUACCAUAUGGAUACCACCGCCAAUGAUAGCGACAAAAUGCACAGUCCUGAUGACAUGCAACAACCGGCACCACCUAGUUCACAAAAGGCUGGGUACAAGCCAUCUCCAGCAUCCAUGUCAUCAUCUUUGUUUUCCGAUGAUUAUAUUCAAAGUGGUCAAUACCCCGCCACUCCUAGCUCUCCAGUGUCUAGUGCCACCCCAGCUACAGGAGACCGUCGCGUGUCAGAUAGACCCAACAUCAAUAUCAACACUAAGAACGUCUCUUAUUAUACCUCCAAAACUUCUCCUACAAACUCUGCCAGCUCAAUAUUUGACAAAAAUUCCCAUACUCACAGAAACUUACGCACCAGCUCCAGUUUUUCCACCACCACUGGUAACAGCAGUGACCAAAAAUUGGGAAUUUCUCAGCCAAUACGUGAGACCAAUGCAGACCAUGGUUCUUCUAAAACUUCUAACUCCUAUGAUAGUAUUGAUUCCAGUCGGAUCGGUAAUUUUGAAUUUUCUAGUCCUUUCAAUGACACAGACACAAAUGAGAAAAACAAAUCAACUUUGUCUUAUCGAUCCCGUCAAAAUUCGACAUCAAGUUUACUUUCGAAUACUUCUAACAUUCUGUCCCAUAGCCGUCGUUUGCUUGUAUCGGAUUCAAAAUUACAAUACGAAUCACCAUCUGCAGCUUUGAGCCCUCAAGGCGCAUUUCUCAAACAUAACAAAUUUCUUAACGAUUCUACUCCGGUGCCAAAUUUUGCCCCUCCUGCUCCUCCAGUACCUGCUUCCCCGGCUCAUACCAAUAGAAGUGAGGACUCUUCCAAGACUGUCAUACCUCCGAAGACUGAUGACCCAGAAACGUCAAUUCUGCCAAUAACUGGCGGCGUUGCUUAUAAGGCACCAAAGCUAGAUGAUUUCAUUUCCGACUCAUCAGUUCCAAAUAGCUUACAUGGCGAGGGCAGCACGUUUUCGGGAGAUAAUAGUAGUGGUGGGUUAUUUAAUUCUGCAGGAACCCCAAAUGAAUCUUUGUCAGCUAUUAAUUCUGUCAUAAAUUUGGCUUCUUCCUCUAUGUCUUCCUCAAUUCAGGUGAAUAAUAUUCAACCACCACCAGCUCGCCCACAACCAAGGAAAUCCAAGUCAUUUAAAAAUUUAAAGAAAUCGUUAAAUAAACAUAUCCAAUCAGUGGCUCUUCCUAGAAAAAUUGGCUUCAAGCAAAGCAAUGAUUCAGUGAAUAGUUUGGGAUCUGAUAAAUCAUUGACAGGAUUUUCGCCAGAAGAAGAUACCAACAACGCUCACAGCAAGCAUAUAUCAUUAGAUUCCAAUGCAAUGGCAGAGACUUCUACAAUUCUAAAGCAUUUAAGUUUCGAACAAGGAAUAAAAAGCUCGUUCGAUAUUGAUUUUGAUAAAGAAGUGAAUUUCCGUGAUGGUGACGCAAGCAACACCGAUAAACAAUCGAUGAGAUCAUCAUCACAUCAAAGACAACAAUCUUCGUUCAGCAGUGGUGUUAGAAGUCCUUCCAAUAUUGCGAAUAUGCAUUCCUACGCGGAUGAGGUACAUCGGUCUCGUCAUGGUACCAUAACUUCUACCACUACCAGCAAUUCUUCGUCAGGAUUUUCUUAUAAUACUACCAAACCAGUUCCCGUUCCAACUGGCUCUGCAAGCUCUUCAAUUCAUGUGGCUGGUUCCAACAACCCUUCUCCAAGCAAAGAUCCUUCUAAAGAGAAGCGGCGUUCAACGGUGUACAUUCGUCAAUCCUGGUUGAAAGAUGAAGCAUUGGCAAUUUACAAAGAUGGUGAUAUUGGUAGGCAGUUGGCAAUUUUGAACGGUUCUCCUAUACUCAAUACCACUGGAGAAUUUUCCCAGGCUAAUCAUAGUAAUGAGAAUACCCUACAAAAUAUAACAAGAAGUCGCGCCAACAGCACCCUAAGAUCGACGGUGGGCGAUAUUUUGGAGGAAGAUGAGACAAGCCCAAAGAGGAGCUUGGCAACAGAAGAAUCGCUAGUUAGACCUUUUGUGGGCGGCGCUUCUAUGAACAGCACGUUUGAUGAUUCAUACAAUGGCACAAUUGUAGAGUCUACUGAUUCUGGGGAUAAAAUAAGAGGAGAAAUUGAAGAUAACGAAGCAAUCCCAUUUGAGGCCACUACUGAUCACGAAGUGCAAGGUACGGCAUCUGGGUUCAUGUUUAGCCGUCGUCGUUCGGAAACUGACUUAACAAAUAUUGCGAUGUUGGAGCUUGAGGAGAAACCAAUAGAAAGUGAAUUGGAUGAAACCACCAAAGAGACUCCAGAAGAAACUUUUCAAUUCCCGCAACAUCAAGAAUCAUCACCAGUGAAGGAGUUAUCAGUAGAUACCAGUUUUGCGAAAAACACAGCCGAAGCUUCUAGUGGUCCGGCAAUUGAGUUCGCCAGUAAGGGUAAAUCUAUGGCAGAUUUGAAAAGAUUGACUCUUCAUACUCCUUCUUACAUACUAAAGGACAAAUCACCGUUAUCCAAGUCUGCGAAAAACAAUCAAGAAGCUGACGAAUUAGAUGAUCUUCCUUCCCCUACUUUACCAAUACCGGAUGAUGAUAAGAGAACUUCUCCAACCAAUACAUCAUUCAACCCUCCUUCGCUCUCAACAAUGGCAUUGGAAUCCCCUUCGAACUCUCCUACCGCAAACCAAAUCAGCUUCGUUUACUCCAAAAACUUGAACCUUCCUACACCAAAGAAGUUUGGUCACAAUAGAAAUAUUAGUGUUGCCUCUUCGAUAUACUCCAAUGGUACUGGGGGUCUUUCAGUUCCUAAUGCCGGUGAUAUCAAUAACUCUUCGCAUUCCAGGUCAUCCAGUAUGUAUAAUAAUGAAGCGCUUGUGGCAAGUGCAGAUGAUUUGCUUGUGAACAAAUCACGAAUUGAGAAUGGCUCGAGCUUGAAUGGAAAUACUUUGGAAUUGGAUUCUGUGCCUCCAGUGGUGCCUUUAGGUAUUGGUAAAGGGAAGAAAAAGUUGACUGUCGAUAGAAAUAGUUAUAUUCAGUUCAACUUUAACAAGUUUGAGGAUUUCAAAGCUCAUUUUAAUGAAGUUGAGGAGUAG